AAAGGGCCCACCUGGGCCAGCCUUUCGGACACCAUGGGAUCCACGGAGAAGAGGCAUCCCCCUGCCAUGUUUGACUGGUUCUUCGAAGCCCGCCGUCCCCACUCCCUGGAGGAGGAUCCCCGAAUCCUGUGGCAGUUCCCCCCGGACGUCCAGGAACAGGAAGCCAUGCAGAUGGUGCCCAGGUUCUGCUUCCCUUUCGACGUAGAAAGGGAGCCGCCUGGCCCUGCUGCCCAGCAUUUCACCUUCGCCCUCACCGACCUGGCGGGUAACCGAAGAUUCGGCUUCUGCCGCCUGCGAGCCGGGGCCUGCAGUUGCCUGUGUAUCCUGAGCCACCUUCCCUGGUUUGAAGUGUUCUACAAGAUUCUCAAUGUUGUCGGCGACCUCCUAGCCCAGAACCAGGUCUCAGAGGCCGAAGAGCUCCUGCAGAACCUGCAGCACCACCGCCUUCCGGGACCUCGGGUUUCAGGGGAGAGCAGCCCCGCCGUCUGGAGCGACCAUGGCGCCUUGCCUCCCGCCCUACUGAACAGCAAGCUGCUUUCUUGUUUCGUGGCCCCGGAUUCUGCCGGCCUGCCGUCUAUUCCCGAGAACAGGAAUCUCACCGAGCUGGUGGUCGCGGUGACCGACGAGAACAUCGUGGGGCUGUUCGCGGCGCUGCUGGCUGAGAGGAGGAUCCUGCUCACGGCCAGCAAGCUCAGCACUCUGACAGCCUGCAUUCACGCGUCCUGCGCUCUGCUCUACCCCAUGCGCUGGGAGCACGUUUUGAUUCCUACGCUGCCCCCGCACCUGCUGGAUUACUGCUGCGCACCCAUGCCCUACCUCAUCGGAGUCCACGCCAGUCUCGCGGAGAGAGUUCGGGAGAAGGCCCUGGAAGAGGUCGUGGUGCUGAACGCCGACUCCAACAGUCUGGAGACGCCCUUCGACGACGUGCAAGCCCUGCCGCCAGAUGUGGUGUCCCUGCUGAGGUUCCGGCUGAGGAAAGUGGCCCUGAGCCCCGGGGAAGGGGUGUCCCGUCUCUUCCUGAAAGCCCAGGCCCUGCUGUUCGGAGGCUACCGCGAAGCACUUGUCUGCACUCCGGGUCAGCCAGUGACCUUCAGUGAGGAAGCUUUCCUGGCUCAGAAACCUGGGGCGCCCCUGCAGGCCUUCCGCAAAAGAGCGGUGCACCUGCAACUGUUCAAGCAGUUCAUCGAAACCCGACUGGAGAAACUCAACGCUGGAGAAGGCUUCUCGGACCACUUUGAGCAGGAGAUCGUUGCCUGCUGCGGGGCUUCCUCAGGCGCCCUUCGAUCCUACCAGCUCUGGGUAGAGAGUCUUAAGAAAGGCAGCGAUGCCCUCCUGCAUUCAGUGAAGACUAAAACCCGGCCAGCCGUCAGGAACGUUUACCGAUCGGCAAAGACUGGCUUGAAGGGCGUGCAGAGCCUGCUCAUGACCAAGGAUGGAGACUCUGGCCUGCAGAGAGGGGGGUCCCUGAGAACCCCCAGCCUCGUCAGCCGCUCAGAUCGCCUGCAACAGCGCUUGCCUAUCAGCCAGCACUUUGGGCAGAACAGGCCCCUCCGCCCUAGCAGGAGACUCAAGCAGGAAGGGGGAACUUCUUCCGAACCCCUGGGAGAGCGGAGCCCUGCCGCGAGCCCGAGGGACACUCAGAGUCCCUGGGCAGAGGAAACUCUAGAUGGCAGCUUUCUGGGAUCUGGAGAAGAACUGGAUCUGCUGGGCGAGAUUCUAGACAGUCUGAGUGUGGAAACCAAGAGCGGUGGCCAGCUGAGAGCCAGCCAGAGUCUGGGCUGCUGUCAACAAGAGGCCUCAGAGAGCUGCUUCAGCCUGCCUGACAUCCCAGCAAGGUCACCAUGGCAACCGGAGGAGGAUGAUCGAUCCCCAGAAGCGCAGCUCUGGUCCCUCUCAGGAGACCUGUCAUCUCUGCAGGACACCCCAUCUUUUGAGGAUGUAAGCUACUCAAAGAAACGCUGUUCUCAGCCGCCCGCAGACAUCUCCUUGCCACCUGCAUCUUUAGCUACUUCAGCUGAUCCCGGCAGCCAAGGGGACCCCAAGCCCUCUCCUCCCACAGAGCUGGAUUCUAGAACUCCACAUAGCCCUUGCUCCAGACUCCCCGCAGUCCCCACUCAGCCCAGUCCUCCAGAAAGCACCCAACAUCUCCUCCCCACAGAGCCCAGCCCUGACGCUGUCUGGACGUUACAGUCCAGUCAGUCUCCCGCACACACCAAUUCUCCAGAGAGCCCCAGGAAACAGCCUCCCCAGGUCCUGCUGAACCAGGCUCAGGUCCAACCCCUCAAGGAGCUGGGGGCUCCCACUUCUUACAUCGCUCAGAUAAGCAACCCGCAAGGACCCCAGGCCGGGCAACCCCGAGUUGCUGAUCUGAAGAAGCAUUUUGAAAAAUAAGGUUGGGGACCCCAGCUCUCAAUAAAGCUGAUCUUGUUUCCUUUGA